UCGCAGGGAGCAUGCGCCUCCUCCUCACUUCCUUUCCUGGAGCUAGUGGAGUAAAGCUACGCCCAGGCCCGCGUCUGCCCAAGGCGCAGGAACUUCAGCACCCGGGGAGCGGACAGCGCCCGCUGCACCUGCUCACCUGCUCCAGGGCCUGCAACCUCCCUCAGGCCACAACUGCAAGCCCGGGUGGUCUAGCAUCUCUCCCUCCCCCGCGCCCAGGCUCCUGUCCCUUCCAGCUUCUUACUCCCCUCCUCAUUCAUAACAAAAGCUGCAGCUCAGGGGCCCGGCGCCAGGCUCUUUCCAGCAGAGAGCAGCGGAGAAAGGAAGAAUGGGGUUCCUUUGGACAGGCUCUUGGAUCCUGGUGUUGGUGCUCAAUAGCGGCCAAAUUCAAGCUUUCCCCAAACCCGAAGGCAGCCAAGACAAAUCUCUGCAUAAUAGAGAGCUGAGUGCAGAAAGACCUUUAAAUGAACAGAUCGCUGAGGCGGAGGCAGACAAGAUUAAAAAGGCCUACCCUCCAGAAAGCAAGCCAAGUGAAAGCAAUUAUUCUUCUGUUGAUAACUUGAAUCUGCUAAAGGCAAUAGCAGAAAAGGAGAAAGUUCAGAAAGAAAAGCAAUCCAUAAGAAGCAUCCCGUUUGAUAACAAACUAAACGUGGAGGAUACUGAUUCCACGAAAAACAGAAAGCUGAUUGAUGAGUAUGAUUCCACCAAGAGCGGACUGGACCACAAAUUUCAAGAUGACCCAGAUGGACUUCAUCAACUGGAUGGAACUCCUUUAACUGCUGAAGAUAUCGUCCAUAAAAUUGCUACCAGGAUUUAUGAGGAGAACGACAGAGGAGUGUUUGACAAGAUCGUUUCUAAACUGCUGAAUCUCGGCCUUAUCACUGAAAGCCAGGCGCAUACCCUGGAAGAUGAAGUAGCAGAGGCUUUGCAAAAAUUGAUUUCGAAAGAAGCCAACAAUUAUGAGGAGGAGGCUCUGGAUAAGCCCACAAGCAGGACCGAGAAUCAGGAUGGAAAAAUACCGGAGAAAGCGACUCCGGCAGCAGCCACUCAAGAUGGCUUUACUAACAACAGAGAAAAUGAUGAGACAGUAUCUAACACCUUGACCUCGUCCAACGGCCUGGAAAGGAGAACUAACCCCAACAGGGAAGAUGACUUCGAGGAACUCCAGUAUUUCCCCAACUUCUACGCACUACUGACAAGCAUCGAUUCAGAAAAAGAAGCAAAAGAGAAAGAAACACUGAUCACUAUCAUGAAGACGCUGAUUGAUUUUGUGAAGAUGAUGGUCAAAUACGGUACAAUAUCUCCAGAGGAAGGGGUUUCCUACCUUGAAAACUUGGAUGAAACAAUUGCUAUGCAGACCAAGAACAAACUAGAAAAAAAUACUACUGACAGCAAAAGCAAGCUUUCCCCAGUGCCGUCAGAGAAGAGUCACGAAGAAACAGACAGUACCAAGGAAGAAGCUGCCAAGAUGGAGAAGGAAUACGGAACCCUAAAAGACUCUACAAAAGACGCUAACUCCAACCUAGGAGGAAAGACAGAUGAAGCCAAAGGGAAAACAGAAGCCUAUUUGGAAGCCAUUAGAAAAAACAUUGAAUGGUUGAAGAAACACAACAAAAAAGGCAACAAAGAAGAUUAUGACCUUUCAAAGAUGAGGGACUUUAUCAACCAGCAAGCUGACGCUUAUGUGGAAAAAGGCAUCCUGGACCAGGAAGAAGCCAACGCCAUCAAACGUAUCUACAGCAGCCUGUGAAAAUGGCUGAUAAAAGGCACCCUGAGCCUUCCAACUGUUCCAGCAAAAACAACAUAGCUUAACAACUAACUCAGUGGUUAAAGAUUUCCCAGCCCAGGAGUCUUAGAGUGUGCUGAAUUCAUAGUAGUUAAUCCCUUAGAAAAUGGGUAAAGUAGAGCUCUCUUGCCGUAAAUACCUUCUGAAAAGUAAACUUGUACGUAAGCUAAGGUUUUUGUAUGUAGAACCUUAUUUCCUCCUGGAUUUACAUUUUAUAAUCAGAGAUGUGCUGCUCUGGAAAAGCCUCUAAUGAGCUGAACGUAAAUGAACCUUCUUCCCACUGUCUUAAGCUCCCUAUGGUCUGAGAGGUACCAUUUCAAGGCCUGCUAGACAUGUGAGUACCUCUUUGGAUUUCUGUUACACCGUGUUGCUUCCAACCAUAGUUCUCUGUUGGGCACUGAAAUAAACCCACAUGUCUUGACAGCCUUGGCACUCUGAGAAACAGACGCUUCUUUGAAAAGAGGUUUAAUUGAGCUCCUCCCUCCCUUUCCUCGCUCUAGUCCAGGGGUUCUCAACCUUCCUAAUGCUGUGACUUUUCUGUAUAGUUCCUCAUGUUGCGGUGACAUCCAACCACAAAAUUAUUUUUAUUGCUAUUUCGUAACUGUGGUUUUGCUACCGUUACAAAUCAUAAUGUACAUGUCUGUGUUUUCUGACGCUCUUAGCAAGCCCUGUGAGAGCAUCGUUUGACCCAAGGGGGUCAUGACCCACACGUUGAGAACCUCUGCUCAAGCCCUUCCCUUCAGCCCCUUCCAUGGUCCCCAUACACAAACAACAAAACACCUAUUUUGGGCUGCCCUUUUUAAUCAGCUCUCUGACCUAACGACACAAAAAGGAGGUUGAAAGUGAAUACAAGAGUCACUGAGUUUAACCUGAGAGUAUAGAAGUGGCCAAACAAUUUACGACCUACUUGUAUUUCCCUUUUUUUUUUUUUUUUAAUUUUUAUUUUUGGAGUUUUCAGGUAUGUAUUGCUCACUCAAUAAAGAGAAAGACUUGUAUAGUUAAGAAACCGGA